AUGGCACCCGCAUCCAACGAAGAACAAUUCAAGUUUCUCAUUUCCUGUAUCAGGUACAGCAACAACGGCAAGGUCGACUUUGGUGAAGUGGCAAAAGAAUGUGGCAUAGUUACUAAGGGAGCAGCUGCCAAGCGAUAUGAGCGUAUGAUGCGGGCCCACGGCAUCGCUUCAAAUGCGGCAACGAUCAAACCGGCCACGUACGCACCCCGCACGAAAACAGAGCGUCGCUCUUCCGCUGUCGUAUCAGGCCUCGCCGCAAAAAAGAGAAAGAUGAUGGACGAGUUUGAUGAAGAUUCUAGCAAGAGCGGCAGCCAUGACGAGGAAACAUUUGACCUGAAGCGUCGGAGUAUGAACAAGGAAAAAGUUGUCAACGCCGAACCUGAAGCUGAGCGGAACUUCAAGGUCGAAGAUGGCACCGAAAUCCAGCGACAUUUGAACAUGGAGCAAGCGGCCGACUUGAUGCAGUACUAUGAUACAUCUUCAGCAUUUGACGACAACCCCGCUCUGGGUUCUGACCCUGAUUACAACGAUAGUGACCAUAGCGGCAGCUCCACUGGCUAUGUAGGACCAUUGGAAGGGCAUCAUGGCAUGUUGGGAAUCCCCUCACGACCGCCGUACAGCAUCAGAACUGCAUACACCCAUAUUUCCAAUGCAAUGCCUGUAUCCGGGGGUUCGACCAUGCACUAUAUCCCGAGGCUUGAAGGCCAGAGCUUCCAAUACCAGCCAACGAUGCAACAUCCUCCUAGUAACCAAGGCCGCGCUGAAAGCCUUGUUAUUCUGGAGUAG